AUGUUCUUGAAGCGGAUCUCGAAUUCGUUUCGACAAUUUUCUACAAACAAGCUAAAGCCCGCGAAUUUCACACCACAAAGGGCAGCUGAAUACUUGUCAACUUUUGAGGGAGGAAAAGUCACAAUUGAGCUCUAUGGGAAGGAAUUCCCCGGAAUCGCCACACUCACCCUCGACAACCCAACCAAGAAAAACGGCUUAACCGGGUCAAUGAUGGCCGAUUUGCACUAUUCGAUGGAUCGUUUAGAGAAAGAUGAACAAAAUCUCCGAGCUCUCAUCAUCCAAGGUUCUAAUGGAACCUUUUGCAGUGGCGGGGAUCUCGACUUUGUGAAGAAAAUCUGCGACUCGGAUCAUGGCUACAUUAUGUGUUCCCUAAUGAGUCAUACAUUAACAAGAUUAUCUCGGCUACCAUUCAUAUCAAUCUCGAAAAUUGAAGGCUUUGCGCUUGGCGGAGGGGCAGAAUUGGCAUCAACCUGUGAUAUUCGAGUAGCACAUGCAAAGGCAAAGAUUGGUUUCGUUCAGGGUCGAAUUGGGGUCACUCCAGGAUGGGGCGGACUACCAUUCAUUGUGCGAAAUUUCGGAUAUUCUCGAGCUCUCGAAGCACUUUGUACUGCGAAAGUCUUCAAUUCUUUGGAACUCCAAAAGCUCGGAUUUUUGCAAGAGAUUUAUGAAACAAAUGCGGACUUUGAGAAAUAUUUGAGCAGAUAUUUGUCGAUAGAAGUUGAGCCGAUAAAAGCGAUGAAGAAAGGAGUGAUCGCUUUGCAAAAACGCGAUUUGGAAGCGUUUGAGGUGGAGCGACGCGUUUUCGCUUCGCUUUGGGGCGGCGAGUUGCAGAAAGCGUUGUUGAGUGAGAAUCGGAAACAUAAA